GUGGAAAGAGCGGCCCGGCUGUCAGGAGGCGGGAGGACUGGGCUCAGCCGACCUGCUGCGGGAUGUACUAACAUUUCACUGGUCUUGAGAUUUCCCUUCAGUGCAGCUCAGUCUGCCUGAUAGGAAUGGAGCAAGCUUGCACUGAACCCGCUAAAGCAAUUAAGCCGAUCGAUCGCAAGUCCGUCCAUCAAAUCUGCUCCGGCCAAGUUGUACUGAGCCUUGCCACCGCCGUUAAAGAGCUUCUGGAGAACAGCAUAGAUGCUGGAGCUACAAGUAUUGACAUAAGGCUGAAGGAGUAUGGAGCAGAACUCAUUGAAGUCUCUGACAAUGGCUGCGGGGUAGAAGAACAUAACUUUGAAGGCUUAACUUUGAAACAUCACACGUCCAAACUGCAGGAUUUCUCUGACCUGGUGACGGUGGAGACUUUUGGUUUUCGAGGAGAAGCUUUAAGUUCAUUGUGUGCUUUAAGUGAUCUGUCAAUUUUCACCUGUCAUAAAUCCGCUAAAGUGGGCACUCGCUUGGUUUUGGAUCAAAAUGGAAAAAUCAAUCAAAGAUCUCCCCUCCCCCGACAGCAAGGAACAACAGUCAGCAUUCAGCAGCUCUUCUACACCUUGCCGGUGCGGCACAAGGAAUUUCUGAGGAACAUUAAAAAGGAAUUUGCAAAAAUGGUUCAGGUUCUACAAGCUUAUUGUAUCAUUUCGACGGACGUGCGUAUAAAUUGCACCAACCAAGUGGGCCAAGGGAAGAGAACCCCCGUCGUCUGCUCAAGUGGUACUUCAAGUAGUGUGAAAGAAAACAUAGGAGCUGUGUUUGGCCAGAAACAGUUGCAGAACCUGAUUCCUUUUGAGCAGCUGCCUCCAAGUGAAAGUGUGUGUGAGGAGUAUGGGCUGAACCAUGCAGAUGUCCUAGGUGGUUUCUAUAGUAUUUCAGGAUACAUAUCUCGAUGUGACCAUGGUGUAGGACGAAGUGCCACGGACAGGCAGUUCUAUUUUAUCAACCAGCGGCCUUGUGACCCUGCUAAGGUCAUUAAGAUUGUGAAUGAAGUGUAUCAUUCAUUCAACAGACAUCAGUAUCCAUUCGUUGUCCUCAAUGUCUGUGUCCAUUCAGAAUGUGUAGAUAUCAACGUCACGCCGGACAAGAGGCAAAUUUUACUCCAGGAGGAGAAACUUUUACUGGCUAUUCUAAAGACUUCUCUCACCGCCAUGUUCAGCAGCAGUGUGAAUAAACUAAAUGUGAACCAGCAGCUGAUGGAUGUCUCAGGCAAUUUGAGAAGAGUAAAUGCAGAAGAAUCUGAUUGUCUCAAAGUAGAACAGUCUAAUUUAUCCGAGAGAGGAGCAUUCGCUGUCUCUAAACUGAGGGAGGCCUUCUCGCUCAGCCAGAGAUUCAUGGGCGGUCCAGCUAGCACGAAGACUGGGACGAUGCAGGCGCAGAGCACCUCUCCUGCACAAAGAAAACUGCAGUCAUUUUUUAACCUUUCACCAAAAGUUGAGACCAGGAUCUCUAUACCAGCAUCUGAGGCGAGUGAUGUCAAGGAGCCUCAAGGAACCACGCAAACAUUUAGUGACGUUACUCAGAGUGAAAGUGACUGCGACUCGGGCAAAGGUGCCACCAGCACUUCUGACAGUGAGUUAGGUCUCGGCACCUCUGACGUGCCCUGCCGCACUAACAGUGACAGCUUGACAAACUCACCGGAUACCCUUGUGAAAAGAGAGGCGGAAUCUCCAUCCACAAGUGAUCCUCCUCAUGUGGAAGCCGAGAUCUUAUGCCAGCAUCCCAGCAGAGACGAAGAAGACGAUGUUUCUGCUCCAAAUUGCAAGCGUUUGAAAAUGGAGAUAUUGGUUAAAAAUGUUGAACCUGAUUCGGUGGAUGCACCAGUUAGCAUUAGGAAGAAGACUGUGCCUUUACAUUUCUCAAUGCACCGUCUGAUCAACCAGAUGGAAAAACUAAAAAGGCAAAGGCAGCAAAAGGAGGAAUUAGAAAUGUUCCGGAGAUUCAGAGCCAAGAUCAGUCCUGGGGAAAAUCAGACCGCAGAAGCCGAGCUCAGGAAAGAGAUCAGCAAAGAAAUGUUUUCCAAGAUGGACAUCAUUGGGCAGUUUAAUCUGGGAUUCAUAAUCGCCAAACUAGACGCCGACCUCUUCAUCAUCGACCAACACGCAACUGAUGAGAAGUAUAACUUUGAGAUGUUACAGCAGAACACUGUCCUGCAAGGGCAGAGACUUAUCAUGCCACAGAAACUAAAUUUAACGUCUGUGAAUGAAUCGGUUCUGAUGGACAAUAUAGAAAUAUUCAAGAAAAAUGGUUUUGAUUUCAUCUUUGAUGAAGACGCGCCCGUCAUGGAAAGAGUGAAGUUAGUUUCUUUACCAACUAGCAAAAACUGGACCUUUGGCCAGCAGGACAUCGAGGAAUUAAUCUUUAUGCUUAGUGACUCUCCAGGAGUUAUGUGCAGACCGUCUCGAGUAAGGCAGAUGUUUGCCUCAAGAGCAUGCAGAAAAUCUGUGAUGAUUGGAACAGCCUUAAACAGUCAUGAAAUGAGGAAACUGGUGGCACACAUGGGAGAAAUCGAGCAGCCGUGGCACUGUCCCCAUGGGAGGCCGACCAUGAGGCACCUCGCCAGCCUGGAUAUGAUUGACUUCUGAGUGGUGUGGGCACAAUAGGAAAUAAUUCUGUUAGUGGCUUUUAUGGUUUUACAUUACCGCCACACCAUUUGUUUUAUCUCACGACAGCAUUUUACGCAGUUCGAGGUUCAGGUUCUAUUUUGUAUCUAGGAAUAAAUCU